UUCUGUUGUGUCAUCAGAGCCAACAUUUUUACGGGAUGGUUUUUCGUUAGCGUUGGCUGUUUUGUUUAUUUGGAAUAAUUGAGGUUAAUUUUCACUUUUACUUUCACCAUACUUCUCGAGCUAAAUUAAUUUAUGUAAUAAAUUCAAACAAAAAGAAAUUCAUGAGAAGAAGAUAUACUAUUAUUAUUUUAGAAUGGAACACUUAUUGGCAGCUGAAAAUUCUCCUGAGCCUGCUGAAGAGGAGAGCCUUGUAAUGAUUGAGUUAGAGUACCAAAACAAAAGGUUUUCCACAUUUGUAUCCAAACCUUUAUUAGCAGUUUUGGAAGCAGAUCAGAAAACCCUAGAGUCUUAUGCAGAACUUGUUUAUAACAGAGAAUUUGGAGAACAAAGAAACAUGGAUUGUCAAACAGAGAAUCAUCCUUCACCUUCUUCAAGCUCAAAACUCCAGUGUAUGCCGAGGGGUACACUUAAUGAAGAAAAGUUUCAGUGGAGUCCAAAAAGCACACUUUUAUUAAUUGAUAUACGGUUAUCCAUGGAACAAGUUUUCAUUAAACCAACAAGUUCUAAGAAGAAGUUGUGGAAAAGUAUUGCAACAAAGUUGAAUGAAUAUGGCUAUAACGUUUCUGAUAUACAGUGUGAUAAUAAAUUCAGGAAUUUACUAUAUACUUACCGAGUGAAUAAAAAAAAACAAAAAACAAGUGGUGAAGGAAGUUUAACAUGGGAAUAUUUUGAAAAGUUUGAUGAGGUAUUGAGUUACAAGGAAUCGUCUCACCCUUCCACUGCAAACUUAGGUGUUUCCAUGACUUUACCAAAAAGUAAAAAUUUCACAAAUGAGAAUAUAAGUCCGAGCUGUAGUCCUUGCUCUACUGCCUCCUUCAAUCCUUGUUCUUCUGCUUCCAUCACUGAUACACUGGAUGAAGAGCCAAAUAUUACAAGUUGUCAAAAUACUGAAUUCACAGUUAGGAGCGUCCCUCAAACACCCGUUAAAAAAAAACAGGAAAUCUUGUCAAUGGGAAGGUAUUUCUAUCUGAAAAAUAAAAGAAUCGAGGAACUCGAGAAGAAAAAGGAGGAAUUUCGAAAGCAAAAGUGGGCAGAUGAAAAGGAACUGAAGCUUAAAGAAAUUGAGGCAAUCAACAAUUUGGCAGAUGCCAUAAGAAGUUCUCAAUAAGUCAGGUGUUUAAUGGAAAAAAUUGAGUCUGCAAUUUUCAUAUAUUAAGAUGUAAAAUUUUGGUCAAAUAAAAGAUUUGAAAAAA